UACCACCAGUUAUGGCAUAGUGUACAGUGAAUCGACGAGAACUGAUGUCUUUGUGGCCGAAGACAUAAUACAUUAUACAGUUUAUGUUGAGGAAAAGUAGUUAGGUUAGAACCGUUGUCUCAUAAGUCUGUGGGCUGACAGCUGAUUGGGCCUUUAAGUACUUAGUGACGUAAGACAAUCGGUCUGGUUUUGUGCUUAUUUGUGACAGAAGGAUGAUGGAUCGAUCCGGGUUGUUUCCCCUUGUUCUUUUGACAGUGUUGGCCUCCAGGAUCGCCGCCUACGAUUACAGCCAAUACGAUCUUAGCAGCAUGUGCGGUGGCGGACUACUGUUUUCUAACAUGGGCGCUAUCAUCGUUAAACUGGACACAAGUGGACUACGUCCUAACAUUAACUGUUCAGUCAGCUACUCAACGGGCAGACAUCGCCGGAUAACAGUGCGAUUCAGUUCCAUGAACCUACCCGGUAAUUUUGAUUGUUGGGAAAACAAAGUGGAUCUGUACGACGGCAAACUCCUGCCACAAAACCGCAUGACAGGACCAAAUGGUCUGUGCGGAUAUGACGUGGACAGGACGUACACAACGACAGGAGAGAGAAUCUACAUACAGUUCCGCAGUCACGUGGGCUACGAGGGAAGAGGCUUCACCAUUUACCUGACGGACUUUUAUUCAAAUGGCCCUUGCCGUACUGGCGAGUUCCAGUGUGACAACGGAUGGUGCAUUGACGGGUUCUUGCGUUGUGAUGGUUGGGACAAUUGUGAAGACAGAUCGGACGAGAGUGCGUCACGUGGGUGUGAUCUGCACUACCUCUUCACCCCGUGGGUCAUUGCAGUCUUGUCUCUACUGGGCCUCCUCUUUUUGGGCAUUUGUCUCGCUUUGAUCACUGUGGUCUCCAGGAGAGUUUCAAGAAGGAGCAGCUACACGCAGAUCAAACAUUAGCACUUCUUUACGCGCACUUAGCUGCAUGUACCAGGCAAUAUAUAGCAUUUGUCACUACCAGACAGGUUGUAUUUAUCAGAUUUGCUAGAUGUUCUUUAGGAAGUGGAUUUUUAAUAACAGUAUGGUGUAUUGAGAAAGUGUAAACAUUAAUAACAUUAAUCCUGUGAAUUAAAAUUCACUUUCUAAACGACAACUACCAGUUAGACACUGUCAGUCACAGAGCAUUGUUAUUUCUGAACAUCAGAAGAGUAAUACGUGUUGGAGGUAAAGUCUACCGGUCAGCUUCUUCUUAUCUUGUGGGAAUAUUAUUUUUCCGUUGGUUGAGUGGUCUAGACGGUUGACACGUAUUUUUAGCUAUUUGCAAGGUGCCUCUCUGAGGUCGUUGGUUUCGAAUCCGGCAGUGGUCUCAGCCAAAUUUCACAAUUAGAUCUGUGUUAUACUUACAGAUAGUGUAAUCCCUAUUAACAAUAAUACCGUAUAUAUACAGUAUAAUUGUUACCCACAAGCACACGCCUAACACUCUAACGAACACCAAUCCAGAUAGUGUUAUCCCUAUUAACGUUAAUACUGUAUAUAUACAGUAUAAUUGUUACCCACACGCACACGCCUAAAAUACUAACAAACACUAAUACAGAUCCACAAUAUCAUGAUUUACAUCUUUUUUUACAUUUUUUUACUACAACACGUAGCUAUUUACAAACUGUCAAAACUUAAUCAUCACGUAAACACAACACUUUUAUUGAAACUGAAGUUGUCGUUGUUAAAUUCCAUGUAACUAAAUUAAAUGUUGUUCAGUGUAUGCCUUAUGUAUUUAAUCCCUUUCCUGCUUUACUCUCAGUUUUAUUUCAGUUCCAACAUUCCCAUGACCUAUGUUGUACCAGAUGAAGUGUAUGCUUAUGUUAACCACUGAAUUGUCAGGCCCAUGCAUUUCUUGUAUGGGUUUUGUCAGCCCUAUAAAUUAAUGCAAUGUUUUACGGAAAUUUAGGGCCUGCCAAGCCUAUGAAUAACUGUAAUAAAGAGCGUAAUUUCCGUACGG